GAACCUCAUGGCCUGCGAAUCCGCAGCCGGUGUUGCCGCCGACUCGCAGCGAUCUUUACCGACUCCGUUCCUUAUGAAAACCUAUCAGUUAGUCGACGAUCCCUCCGUUGAUGACUUGAUUUCAUGGAAUGAAGAUGGAUCGGCUUUCAUCGUUUGGCAGCCGUCGGAAUUCGCUCGCGAUUUGCUCCCUAAAUACUUCAAACAUAUCAACUUCUCCAGCUUCGUACACCAACUCAACACAUAUGGAUUUAGGAAGGUAAUGCCGGACCGAUGGGAGUUCGCUAACGAUUGCUUUCGAAGAGGCGAGAAGGAACACCUCCGAGACAUACAGCGCCGUAAAAUAUCUCCUGCUUGUUCUAGAUUUCACUCGAAAUUUUAUUCAGAUAAUUUAAUUGGGAACAACAAUUUUUUAGCUUCUUGUUGUUGA